UUUGGUUCGGCCGGAGAUGAAGAUAGGGGCAGUCCGCGAGAGUUGGCUUACACGGACUCCGGUACUUACUCCGGCGGUCUGUGGCUCAAUUCGCCGGAACGGAAAGCCGCAGCUUGGGUUUCCUCUCUCGAACAGGUUGUCCCGUGGUGUGGUUCUGGCUGUUCAUGGUGGGAGAGGAUAUGAAUCUCCAUGGGAUGAGAAACCCUAUGAAACUCUUCCUACUGGUAAAAGGGUUUAUGUUGAUGAAUCUGAUGUUGUGACAUUUCUUGAUCCCCCAAAGGAGUUGAUUCCAUUGGACCCUGCUUCAUAUAACCCGGCUGCUUAUCUAUGGAAAAAGAUUGAAGACAUCCCUGAAGAGAGGCGCCACCAUUUGCUGCAAUUAUUAGAGCCGAGGCUUAUAUCCAGAGCAUGGGAAAUAGCAAGCACUCGUUACGACAAUCCAAAGUUAGCCAAAAUGACUGCAUCCAAGUUAUUCUCUACUGGAGAUGUGGAAAUUUCACUUGAAUACUUUAGCUGCCGAACAAGUCAGGGUCCACUAAUCAUAUCUUGGAUAAAUUUCUUCAAGAUGGCUGUGUUUCGCUCCAACAACGGUCAGACCUAUGGGCGUGUUUGUGGUGGACCAGUAGUUUCCACCGUUGCCAAUGCUUUUAGUCCACUAUACUUUGAGGUCACAGAAGCUAUGGAAGUAAUGGCCACAGAGGAACCCUGUGAUGUAGCCUGCAAAUUCGGCGAUGGGCUUCUUGCUAUUGAAGAUUACCCACAAGGCUUUCCUCGUCCAUCAAAGCAUCCGUACCCAUUCAACGACAGUGUCAUCAUAUACAUACGGCAUAUUGGGCCGGGUGUAUGCGUAGGACAGGCAUGGCAAGAAGGUAAAGAACUGCAACAAGUGCCUCAAAGAUUAUGCUCUGACAUUCUUAUGGUCAAACAAUACAGAUGAAUGAUUCAGGGAGGCUCUCUUGUUAGCUUAGAUUCAAGCUUUACGUUAGCUUGUAUUUGAAUUUUUUAAAGAAUCGGUAAGACUAACUUGUGUAAGAUUCUGAUAUCCUUUUAUGCAACAAAAAGCAAAAUUAAUAACAUGAUGACUCAAUUCUGAACUA